AUUCGAGCGAUAACGUCAAACUGUACGCACGCGUGUCUCUACCGGUCUCUUUACAGGAAAGAUGGGGAAAAUCAAAGGCGGACCAGUUGUCGAAAUGCAAGGAGAUGAAAUGACCCGGGUUAUUUGGGAUUUGAUCAAACAAAAGCUGAUCCUGCCUUUUGUUGAAUUAGAGCUCCAUUCAUAUGAUCUUGGAAUGGAAAAUCGAGACGCUACAGAUGACCAAGUAACAAUUGAUGCUGCCAAUGCUAUUAAGAAGUACAAUGUAGGAAUUAAGUGUGCCACUAUUACCCCAGAUGAGAAAAGAGUGGAGGAAUUCAAUUUGAAGAAGAUGUGGAAGUCUCCCAAUGGAACAAUUAGAAAUAUUUUAGGAGGUACAGUUUUUCGCGAGGCCAUCAUCUGUAGCAACAUUCCCCGUCUGGUACCUGGAUGGACAAAAAGCAUCAUUAUAGGCCGUCAUGCUUAUGGAGACCAGUACCGUGCCACAGAUUUUGUUGUACCUGGACCAGGUAAACUAGAGAUCAAGUUCACACCAGCUAAUGGUGGCCAGGAACAGAACUACAACGUGUUUGACUUUACAGAGUCAGGAGGUGUAGCUCUAGCCAUGUACAACACAGACAAGAGUAUAAGAGAAUUUGCCCACAGUUCUUUCCAGUUUGCUCUACAAAAGGAAUGGCCACUAUAUUUGAGCACAAAGAAUACCAUUCUCAAGAAAUAUGAUGGAAGAUUCAAGGACAUAUUUCAAGAAAUUUAUGAUCAAGAUUACAAGAAGGCGUAUGAGGAGAAAAAGAUUUGGUACGAGCAUCGACUUAUUGAUGACAUGGUAGCAUACGCCAUGAAAUCAGAAGGAGGCUUUGUUUGGGCAUGUAAGAAUUACGAUGGAGAUGUACAGUCUGAUUCUGUUGCUCAAGGAUUUGGAUCCCUAGGAAUGAUGACUAGUGUAUUGGUCUGUCCCGAUGGUAAAACCAUCGAAGCCGAGGCUGCUCACGGAACAGUAACCAGGCAUUUCCGUCAACAUCAGAAAGGAAACGAAACAUCAACUAAUUCCAUAGCUUCCAUUUUUGCCUGGACCCGAGGACUUGCCCACAGAGCCAAACUAGACAAGAAUGAAGCCCUGAGGAAGUUCUCCGAUGACCUUGAGAGGGCAUGUAUAGAGACCAUUGAAUCAGGCAUAAUGACCAAAGAUUUAGCCAUCUGUAUCAAAGGCAUGAACAAUGUCCAGAGAUCAGAUUACCUGAACACGUUUGAGUUCAUUGACAAGAUUGCUGAGCUGUUGACCCAGAAACAAGCCAGUUGACUAGAUAAGGACUCUAGCAAGCUGUGAACAAGGACAUUUCAAGCUUAACUUGAUCAUAAAAAACAUCUUCUCCUUCUUUCUCUUUGCAAAACAUAUCAGUGUUUGGUACAUGUGUACAAGUUCAUGUGUUUGAGUGAUAUCUAGAGUAUUCAGAUUUUUACCUGUGAUUCUUCUAUAAUAUCAUUGAUUUAUUUACGUUAUUGUUUUGAAACACAUGAUUUUAUAUGAUCUGUGUCUGUAUUUGUUUUGUACAUGAUUGUACAUUGUAAUACAUGUAUGAUAUGUGUUUUACUAAAUAUCCUUUGAUAUCUCUUUUGAGUGAUUUUGUAAGUAAAAAAUAAGCUUACAGGGUAUAGUUAAAUUUAUGUGAUUUUAUCUGUCAUGUUUAUUUUGUGUCCUAUUUGUUUUAGUGCAUUUUUAAAGGUCUUAGAAUUUUUAAAAAUUAUUU